CAGCUAUAAGGCGGCGGAGCGGGCAGUGGGCGGAGACGGCGGGAGCUGAGGGUCCUCGCUGGCCCUGGUGGGGGCCAGAAGCCGCGCGAGCCCAGGUGACCUGUGAGGCUGAUCCGGAUCCUGCAGCUGUCGCCUCCACCCCUGUGGGGGUGCAGGAGGAGGCUGUGCAGGUGCAGCCCUGGCACAGGCAGCAGGGACCUGAACCACGGGGGACCGUGUGGCAGCCACCAUGUCCGACAACGAGGCCACUCAAGACCCCACACCCAGCCUGGAGGAGCACCACCAACAGAAUGUCAUGCAGCGUGUGGUGGCCUUGCCCCUCGUCCGGGCCACCUGUGCCCGUGUCUCCAACGCUUACAACGCCACCAAGGACAGGCACCCGCUGCUGGGUUCCGCGUGUCGCCUGGCCGAGAGCUGCGUGUGCAGCCUGACCACGUGUGCCUUGGACCACGCCCAGCCGCUGCUGGACCACCUGCAGCCCCAGCUGGCCACGGUGAACGAUCUCGCCUGCAGGGGCCUGGACAAGCUGGAAGAGAAGCUGCCCUUUCUCCAGCAGCCUUCGGACACGGUGGUGACCUCGGCCAAGGACGUGGUGGCCAGUGGGGUCACAGGUGUGGUGGACCUGGCCCGGCGGGGCCGGCGCUGGAGUGUGGAGCUGAAACGCUCUGUGAGCCACGCCAUGGACGUGGUGCUGGGCAAGUCUGAGGAGCUGGUGGACCACUUCCUGCCCAUGACGGAGGAGGAGCUCGCGGCACUGGCAGCAGAGGCCGAGGGCCCAGAAGUGGGCUCCGUGGAGGAUCAGAGACGACAGCAGGGCUACUUCGUGCGCUUGGGCUCCCUGUCGACACGGAUCCGCCAACUGGCCUAUGAGCACUCUCUGGGGAAACUGAGGCAGAACAAACACCGAACCCAGGACGCAUUGGCCCAGCUGCAGGAGACGCUGGAGCUGAUCCACCGCAUACAGAGUGGGCUAAGCCCGACCCCUACAUCCCAGCCCGGGAAGGUGCACGAGCUGUGGGAGGACUGGAACCGGCGACCCCUGGAGAACGGCCGCCGCCGCCGGGACAGCCAGGCGGAGCUGGAGACGCUGGUGCUGUCGCGCCGGCUGACCUUGGAGCUGCAGAGCGCGGUGGAGGCGCUGCAGGCGGCCGUUCGCGGCCUGCCCCCCGGCGCGCAGGAGAAGGUGGCCGAGGUGCGGCGCAGCGUGGACGCCCUGCAGGCCGCCUUCGCGGACGCGCACCGCUUCGGGGACGUCCCCGCCGCAGCGCUGGCCGAGGGCCGGGGCAGCGUGGCGCGCGCGCACGCCAGCGUGGACGAGCUGCUGGAGCUGGUGCUGCAGGCCGUGCCGCUGCCCUGGCUCGUGGGCCCCUUCGCGCCGGUCCUGGUGGAGCGGUGCGAGCCCCCGCCCGACCUGGAGGACCUGGUGGACGAGGUGGUGGGGGCCCCCGACCCGCGCUGGGCGCACAUGGACUGGCCGGCCCAGCAGAGGGCCUGGGAGGCCGCGCACGGCGACGCAGCGGGGUCCUCCGGGGACGGCGGCUCCCGGGAGCCCGAGCCCCCCAGCGCCCAGGUCAGGCACACUCUGAUGCCGGAACUGGACUUCUGAGCGGUCGGGCCCCGUGCGCCCCCUGGUGGCCACGCGUGAGCGCGCACGGCCGAGGCCCUGCUCUCCUCUAGGACCGGCUGGGUUAGGGCCCAGUUUGGGAUCCUCCGCCAUCAGGGUCGCGAUGGGGCCUCCCGCUUUCCCUGCAUCGCCAGGGCCUGGCCUCGAGCUCCUCUAGUCAUUUUUACCUCUGAGCAAGGCUCUUCAGAGCCUGUCUGUGGUCCUAUCCCCAACCUGAAAGCUAGGCACACGCCUGUCAUCCCAGCACUCGGGAGGCUGAGGCAGGAGGAUCGUUGAGUUCAAGACCAGCCCAGCGUGGGCUGCAAAGUGAGCUCAAGGCCAGCCUGGACUACACAGUGAGACCCUGCCUCCAAAAGACAAAAGAGAGAGAGAGAGAGACAGAAGAGUUUGAGCCCAGCCUGGACAAUUCAGGGUCUAGAAGGAGACCUUGUCCAGAAAUUAAAAAUAAAAAAGGACUGAGGACCUAGGGAUGUACCUCAGUCCUAAGGCCUUGCCUGGGUUCAAUGCCCAGCACUGUGGAGGGGUAGGGAACAUCCCCCGAAAUUCACCCUUUGUAGCAUGGCUUCUGUUUGGGGCUUUAUAUUGUUAUUAUUAUUAUUAUUUCUGUGGGUGUGUGCGCAUGUGUGUACGUUUCAUUUUGGAGACAGAGUCUUGCUAUGUUGCCCAGGCUGGUCCUGAACUUGCAGAGAUCCUCCUGUCUCAGCCUCUUGAGUGCUGGGAUUACAGGCAUGUGCCACCAUGCCUGGCUUAUUUGGAGCUUUGAACAGUGAGUCCCCACACAACCCCAAAACGGAUAUCCCCAACUGAGGGUCCCCCAAAGAUGCCUGGUGUGUCCACUCAGCCAACUGGGCCCACCUGCUGUGCUCGCUCUUGAGAAUAAAAGCACUGUUCUCUAA